AUGUAUUCGUCAUUGGUACUUUUCUUCCUGUUUCACCUGGCGGGUUUCAAGCUACCAAAACACGUGGACGAUCGCGACGCGGAGUGGCCGAUCGCGGCGCGGGGAGCGGAGGAGGAGCACAGCGGGGGAGGCCAUUCGGACGAUGAAAGGUCGAUCGCGGGCGACUCGUGGUCCGUUAAGAGCGAGUAUGGCAGCACGCUGGACGGCGAUGAGGCGCGCACGGCGGAGAUGAUGUGCGGGACGACGAUUGCGGAGGACUCGCAGGCCAGCGGGAGUGCACCGGAGGAGAGGGAGCAUCAGGAGCUGAACGGGCUGCGAGAGCACGAGGGAGGCGCGGACGGGCAUGCAAGCCAUGUCCAUAGCAACUUGCAGGGGGAGCUGGGGGGGCUGAGCGGGCUGCUAGCGGGCAGCGCGCCUAGCGAGGGGAGCCUGGAUGACCGAAUAUCGGAUCUCGAUUGUUCCGCUGGGGGCGAUGGGGAUGAUGACGGGGAUGACGAUGACGAUGAUGAGGAUGAGAAUGGGGAUCGGGAUCGGGAUGGGAAUGUUGAUGGGGAUGGGGCGGAGGGCAUGCGGAAUGAAGCAGGGGGCGAUGGGUUAGGGUACGACGCAGGGGCGCCGAGCGGGGCAGCGGACGCGCCGGGGAGUGGAGCGGCGGAGGGGACUGGGGGAGGAUUGCGGGGGAGAGGAGGGGGGUGUGAAAGUCAGGAGGACGGCGGAAUCGGCGAGGCCGGGGAGAACGCGGGGGGAGGCGAGGAGGGGCAGAGAGCGGGCGAGAAUGGAGAAGGGGAUGGGGAUGGGGACGAGAAAAAAGAGGGCGAUGGGGAUGAGGAGGGGGGAGAAGACGAAGAAGAGGAAGAAGAGGAGGAGGAAGAGGAGGAGGAAGAGGAGGGGUCUGUGCUUGGGUUGAGGUCGCACUGGGACAGCACGUACGCGGACGAGCUACAACAGUUCAAGGAAUGCGGUGAUCCCGGCGAGAUAUGGUUCGGCGGAGACGUGAUGGAAACGUGUGCGCAGUGGACAGCGCGGAUCGCCGCGGCCUCUGCUGCCGCGCUCGCAGCCACCGCUGCUGCUGGGGGCGAUGGGGCUGGCGUGGAGCAAGGGGGCGAGGGGGAGGGGGAAGAGGACAAGGGGGAGUCGGUAGCAGGGGCGCCAGGGACGUCAGAGGGGGCGGCGUCAGGGUCAGCAGCAGCAGAAGGGCUGGCAGGGGCGGCGGCGGGGUGGCGGGUGGUGGAUGUGGGCACGGGUAACGGGCUGCUGCUGCACGCACUGGCCCGAUACGGCUUCCACAAUCUCCUGGGCACGGACUACAGUGAGGCAGCGGUGCAGCUCGCACAGCAGGUGGCGGAGCAAGCCGGGCUCAUGCACCUGCAAUUCCAGGCUGACGAUGUGCUGGACUCAGGCCUGCCCUCGGCGUCGUGCCACAUGGUGGUGGACAAGGGCACCUUUGAUGCCGUCCGACUGCACCCUCACGGCUCCACUCGCAAGAUCAGCUAUAAGAACACAGUGGCAAGGCUGCUUCUCCCCAACGGCCUUCUGGUCAUCACGUCCUGCAACAGCACCGUGGCUGAGCUCACGGCAGAGUUCGCCCCUCCAGUUAUAGGGAACGAUGAAAGUGGGGGUAUCAACACCGGGGAGCAGCAAUGGAGAGGGGCCUUUGAGGUGGUAGACCAUGUGAAAACAUAUCCCAAGUUUAGAUUCGGAGGAGUGGAGGGCUCUCGUGUUGCCACUGUAGCUUUCCGCAGGAAGCAAAGGUGA